AUGGCUUCAGCGGCACAGCGACCUCUGCAGCGCGGGAGCCCGGCUCCCUCGCCAACACAGACAGUGACCUCGGCGCCAGUGCGCCCAAACACACAGCAAACAACGCUCCGGUUGCGAGGCGCCCACGCGCCAUCACGACCGUCGGUCCAGUGGGCUGACGAUGUUGUCGACAACGAGGGGCUCGGUCGAAAGAAGUCCAAGGUGUGCUGCAUUUACCAUCGUCCCAAGGGCAUCGACGAGUCCAGCGAUGAAUCGUCCUCCGACUCGUCUUCCGACGGCUCCGAUUCUGACAACGAGAGCGGCAGGAGGAGAGUACCCGACGGCGACAGCAAAGGCAAAGGCAAAGGCAAAGGCAAGGCGAAACCACAUGAGUGCGACGACCAUGAUCACGACCACGGCCAUGCGCAUCACCAGGGCAGGCCUGACAAACGCGGUGGCGACAAGGGCAAGGAGAAGCGGCUGCCCAGUCCGAAUGCCUAUGAGAGGAUACCCAAGCCGCCGAAAGCGAAGAACGACCAAGGCGAAAAUACGAAAAAUUAG